AUGACUUCCGACCAUGCAUUUGACCUGUACAGCCUACCCAAAGCCACUACUCCUGCGAGCAGGAAGAAGGAAAGCAGGUGGCAUCCUGGGGAAAGCAGUAGAGAUCCCUCAAAGAAUAGGGCCAGGACUGAGGAUCCACCUGCACUUGUUCCUUCCAAAGAAAAUACUCCUCCACCAGCUCCCAUCGACCAGACUCUUCCACUAGCUCCAGUCGACCAGACUCCUCCACCAGCUCUCGUCGACUCAACUCCUCCUGAUCAGUCAGGAAAUACUCAAAGAGAGGCUAUCAUGAACAUAGCCUUCAACUCAGCCAAUGACAAGCUGAAGAAGUUAUCAAGGCAUCGGUGCAACCGAGAAGCCAUCAGCAACACUAGCUCCAUGAAGGUCGACCAAAUUUUUAGCCGCGGGCUGAACGAAGUACUCAGUGGAGUUCUAACCAUGAGUACUAGUUGGCGCCCCUUGGAGGCGAUGGCUGCCGAAUAUGCUAAAGAGUCUAAGGCUGUUGAGGAGAGACUUGGCGAGCAGCUUAAAGUGGCCGAGGCCAAACACGCCGAGCAGCUCAAGGCGUCCGAGGAGAAAAUUUUCGAACAGUUAAGAGCUGCUAAGGAGAAAAAUACCAAGCUGGGCGAGGAGUUGAAGCAAUUUAAGGAUGCCCUGGACAAAUUCACGAAGUCCAAAGAGAGGUAUAAGGAGUCUUCAUUGAUUAAUUUUAAAGAGGCCUCCAAACUUCAAGAUGAACUGGCGACCAACAGGAAAGAAACUGCUGAACUGGAGAAGCGAGUUAAAUUGCUCGAAGAAACCAAUGUUAGUGAUCUGGAGCGGUUCAAGGGAGCAGCCUUCAACUGCUUUUAUAUGUUCUGGAAAAACAACCGCGAGGCGAACUUUGAUUAUCUACCAGAGCGUAUGAAGCAAGCUGAGAUGGAAAAAUGUGUUGCUUGCCUUGAAGAGGAGGAGAAAGUUCAGGCGUCUCCUGAGAUCUCUUUGGCGAUGGGUAUUGACGGCAUCGACGAGGAUACUGGGACCUCCAUCAACCAGUAG